GCGAGCUCGAGGUUUCCUGCAAGCCAACCCAGGACUCUGUGAGGGAGUUGUCGCCGAAGGAUCCCAUACAUUGUCACUCAGAUCGCUUGUCAGGAGCGGGAACGAGUUGAACUCUGCGUCCUGCUUCGAUUCAACUUCUGUGGCUCUGAGCUGCCAAGGAUACGACUUAGAGCUUGCCUUCUUCUUCUUCGGUCGAUCGACCUUUUGCAAGGGUUAUGGGGAGGAAGUCGUGCUGGUCUUGUGUGCCCGUGGGAACGGCGGCGCUGCCCAUUGAGAAGCAAUUCGUUCCUCCAGCUGCGCUACCGUCGUGGCCGGCCUCAGUUUCAGAUGGAGGAUUUGCAAAGGGCAGCAUAGACCUUGGAGGCCUAGAAUUGCGCCAAAUCACCACGUUCGCCAAGGUCUGGUCCACGACGCAAGGCGGCCAGGACGGCGUCGGCGCCACCUUCUUCAAGCCCUCGCCGGUCCCUGCCGGCUUCUCCGUGCUCGGCCACUACGCGCAGCCCAACAACCGCCAUCUCUUCGGCCACGUCCUCGUCGGCCGUGACACGUCCGGCACCGGAGCACUCCUUGUCGCGCCCGUGGACUACAAACUCGUCUGGUCCAGCCCGGACGGAGCCGGCCAUUUCUGGCUCCCGAAGGCGCCAGACGGUUACAAGGCGGUCGGCGCGGUGGUCACGGCCACGUCUGACAAACCUUCGCCCGACGAGGUCCGGUGCGUCCGCGCCGACUUGACCGACGCUUGCGAGACCGAGGAGUCGGUCCUGAGCAGCGACAAGGACGGCUUCAGCGCCGCCACUCUGAGGCCGGCGGUCCGUGGCAUAGACUGUCGCGGCGUGCACGUCGGCACCUUCCUCGCCCAGAGCAGCGCGACGCCGGCCGGCGCCUCGACGGUGGCGUGCCUGAAAAACUGCAGCGCAAGUUACACGUCCUCCAUGCCUGACCUGGCCCAGGUGAACUCCCUCCUCGCGGCCUACGGGCCGCACGUGUAUCUGCACCCGAACGAGCCCUACUUGCCUUCGUCGCCGACGUGGUUCUUCGAGAACGGCGCGCUGCUGUACCAGAAGGGCAGCCAGACCCCGACGCCGGUGGCCGCCGACGGGUCGAACCUCCCGCAAGGUGGCGGCAACGACGGCGGGUACUGGCUCGACCUGCCGGUGGACAGCAAUCAGAGGGAGGAGGUCAAGAAGGGCGACCUCCCCGGCGCGAAGGUGUACGUGCAGGCGAAGCCGAUGCUGGGCGGGACGGUGACCGACCUCGUCGUGUGGAUCUUCUACCCGUUCAACGGGCCGGCGCGCGCCAAGCUGGGCUUCCUGACGAUCCCGCUGGGCGAGAUUGGCGAGCACGUCGGCGACUGGGAGCACGUGACGCUGCGCGUGAGCAACUUCUCCGGCGAGCUCCUUCGGAUGUACUUGUCGCAGCACAGCGCGGGUACGUGGGUGGAGGCCUCGCAGCUGGAGUACCUCGGCGGGUACGGCGGGAACAGGCCGGUGGCGUACUCGUCGCGGCACGGGCACGCGCUGUACCCGAGGGCGGGGCUGGUGCUGCAGGGCGACCCGAGGCUGGGCGUCGGGAUCCGGAACGACUGCGCCAGGGGGAGCAGGCUGGACACCGGCGGCGCCGGGCGGUGCGAGGGGGUGUCCGCGGAGUACCUCGGCGUCGCGGAGCCGGCGUGGCUCGGGUUCGAGCACGGGUGGGGUCCGAGGGAGGAGUACGACGUCGGGCGCGUGAUCAACGGCGUGGCGAGGAUCCUGCCACGGUCGGUGAGGGAGCGGCUGGCCAAGCUGGUGGAGAAGGUGCUCGUCGGCGAUGGGCCGACGGGGCCCAAGAUGCACGGCAACUGGAGAAACGACGAGAGGGAGGCAAACUGAGCGGCUGCAUGCGAGGCUGUUUGAUCGCUGACCACCGUGGCGCCGUGUGAUUCGUAAGGGUACACAGCGAUCAGACGGUCAGUGAUAGGUCCAUCGAUCGGGGGUUAGUGAAGGCGCUGUUCAUACGUGGUAUUGUGGAGAUACAUACAUUAUGUGAGAAAAAGAAGGCGCUGUUCAUCAGUGAUAGGUCCAUCGAUCGGGGGUUAGCCGGAGCCGAGAAGUCAAAUGGCUGUUAUAAUUGUCUUAUCAAGAUUCAAGCAAGAGGGAUAUAAAUUAGAGGGAUAUAAGUUGCAAAAAUUAUACAAGUUGUAGAAUCCAAUACUGCCCUGAAGGCCUGAACGAACACGAAGGGGUAGAGAAGUCUUAUA